UUAUUAUCGUUACGCUUUUCAGUAACUUCCUAUAUUCUAACAUUCAGUUUCUACUUGAUAUAAAUUAUAAUAUUGCAAUCUUAAUUGACUUACCUAAUAUUUUAUAUAUAUACGUAUGUUAGAUGUCAAUUUUCUAAUUUUUUUGCCCUGGGCCCUGGGUCAUGAAUCAUAACAAACAGUAAUGGUUUAAUGGUGUGUGGCAUUGAACUUUGCUCUUUGACCCCCAGGCCUUGUGCUGUCUAACACUAUUAACAGUAACAGCUGAGAUGCUUCUUGGGGUCUGAUAGGUACGGUAGUGUGAUAAGAUCGGACUGGGUUAAAUAUUUUGGUGAAGUGUGUAAUUGCAAGCUGAAAAUGUCUGACAAAAAUUUAACAGCUAUACUCUAUGAAAAAGAUGAUUUGCGCUUGGUAAGUGUUAUUUCAUGAAGUUUUAAGUUUAAAUAUUUGGCUAUGGCUAUAGACUAUAGUGACUAUAGACUAUAGGCUCUUAUUAUUAUCCUGUUAAUGCCUAUUAACUUUAUUAACUAUUAUAUAAAUAAUUAUUCAGGGGUUCAGGGCCAAGCCACAAGGCCAAGAUACAAAUACAAGAAACGAUGCACCUGGGGCGAACCCUGAACUUAUAACUGAUGACUGUGAUUUAUAAUGUGAUGAAUGCCAACCCUCAAUUAUAUCAAUAAUAAUGCUAAGUCUAGUUUAACUCUAGAAAAUAGUUAGUACGGUAAUAUUAAGAUUGAAAACAGUCAAGAGUAAAACUCCACUACAGUGUAACACAGAGUCGUCUUGUGAUGUGUGACCCUGGCGCACUGGCGGACCUGCAACAGCUGUAAGGGGCCUCAAUAUAAUAUAAGUAUAAGUAUAAGGCUAUAAGGCAAGGGGUCGAAAGGUAAAGCUAUUAUUAUAAUGUGCAAAAAAAAACUAAACUAUCAACUUUGAUUGAUUGCAGUGGGUAUGAAAUUGAAAAGUCGCAGGGAGCCUUCAUUAGUCUGGUGAAGGCUCUGUACCUAAACUCAACACAGUAACAGUGUGUAAGUGUACACUGAACAGACUAACUUAAAUUCUUAAAGUAAAGUAACUAAGACUAAGCCCAGUGGCCGGGGGGGGGGGGGGGGGGGGAAAAAAAAAAAAAUAUUUGCUGCCCUAAUGAGAAGUUUUAAGUAUAAAACUGAAAUUUAAAAAAUGAUUGCUGAUUGCUCUUUUUGAGUUAUGGGUUUAAAAAUACCGGUAACUAAAAACUUGAUAUCCUACUUAAACAACAACAAAAAAGAGGAUGCUGGGUGGCCAAAUGGUCAAAACUGAGCCAAUCCAAAGAUUGUGCUUGCUGUUAGUUUAGGAGUUAUUGAGUUUAAAAACUUGAUAACCUACUUCAGUGGUCAGCCACCUAUGGGUUUUGACUCCGAAAAAAAUGGUUCUUGACAAGAAAUUUGGCUCUCAAAAAAAUGUUAAGAAUUGUCCUGCUGCUGGUUUUUGGUUCAUUUGGCUGACCACUGGCUUUCUUAAAAUACAAAUGGCUGGGUGGCCAAAUGGUCAAAACUGAGUCAAUCCAAAGCUUGUGCACCCUGGGGUCAUUAUCCUAUGUAGAGAGGGAGACCCAAAUAUCACCAGCCUUAGACAGUAGUAAAAUUAUGUUAUUAACUUUAUUAUGUUAUGACUUUAACUAUCAAAUGCAGCAGUUCUCAACCUUUGGGAUCGAACGACUCUUUCACAGGGGUCGCCUGAGACUAUCGGGAAAACACAUAUAUCUCUACUCUACAGUUAUCAAGUAGCAACGAACAUAAUUUUAUUGUUGGGGUCGCGACAACAUGAGGAACUGUAUUCAAGGGUCGCAGCAUUAGGAAGGUUAAGAACCACUGACCUAAUGCAUGCACCUAAAUUUUUUAAGAUUUGAUUUUUUUUUAAUUGUUUCUGGCUUCUUUUGUACCAUCCCAGUAGUUUGUUAAAACAUAGUUCAAAAUUGAGACAUCAAUUUAGUAGAAACUAUGUUUAUAUUUCUGAUGGUGUGUGCAUAAAAAUUAACGUGUUUAAAAAAUGUGUGACACAAUUAGAAGAGUAGCCCUCAUUUUACUUGAUUUCAUGAAUUUGGAUAGUCUAAGAUAAUUUAUCUUUUACUUAGUUGAUUGUAGUCCAUUUCUCAACCCUAACCUUUAGAUAAGGUGUCUUUUCAACAAGAGAUAAAAAAUGGAGUGGGUUUUUUUCUUUAGAUACAAAUUUUAAUGAUUUAUUAUAUUAGGGGUUAAACAUUGUGAUGUCAAAAAGUGUAAUGCAAGAGUAGAAAGUUACUUGGGAUCUCACUGUUAAAAAUGUAUACAGUGGUUCCUCAUCAAUACAAAAAUUAGGUUCCAGAACCUCCUGCUUUAGGCGAAAACCUGCAGUGUAGCAACAUAAUUAUUUAAUUAUUUAUAUAUAUAUUUUACGGCUUUAUAAACCCUCCCCACACUCCUAUAAACCUUUCCCCACACUCUUGUAAACAAUUUCUACACUCUUAGACCUACUUAAUUUUAACAACCUUAUAAAAUUCUAUAAGGGUACUCACCAGUGAUUAUAAUAAAAAUUGAAUUAUAUAUAAAGAAGAAGAUGAUGACGAAUUAGAUGUGCAGUUACCGGUACUGCUCUUCUGAAGGUGGCACUUCAUCAGGUGGUGCAAUAUCUUUGCCUUAAUCCAAGGGUCGGGAACCUAAUGGCUUGCGAGCCAGAUGUGGCUCUAUUGAUGGCUGCAUCAGGCUCGCAGACAAAUGUUCGAUUGUAAAAAAAAGUCACAUUAAUGGUAAGAAAUACUCAUUAUUGAUUAGCAACAGCAUAACAAUGUUAUUAAAAAGAAUUCAGAGACAUAACUAUUGCAUUUUUAGUGUUGAAAUUACACAAAAUGCACACAUUUACUUGAAUUUUUAGUUUUAAACAUAAUGUAUGGCCCUAACAGAAAUACUUUUCAAAAUAUGUGGUGUCCAUGGCUCUCUCAGACAAAAAGGUUCCCAACCCCUGCCCUAAUCCAUAACUUCUGUUUUCUCUAAAGGCGUGGCAUAACUGGUGUCUUCUUCUAAGCGAGGAACAUAGUAAUGGGGAGUUGCUGGUGCUGCUUUUUCUUCCGGGCGAGAUGGCUUUUAUAAACCGUCAUACCACCCUCAAUUGUAUUAAAGAACUGCAGCUAUUGACACCUCAAGGGAUCCCAUUUAUAGCGAAAAUCUGCUAUACAAAAUUAUAUUUAAACAAGUACAAAAUCUUCAAUACAGUGAGGCCAUGAAUAGUGAACCGCGAUAUGGCAAGGCACAAGAGUAGAAAAUUCUUUUCAGAAUAUUGUAGCAUUGAAGUUGCAGUCAGCAAAUUUCAAAUAACACUAAAUGAUUUAUUGUUGACAAGGAGCAAUUUCUUUUUAAUAGUCACAUUCUGACUCCAAAAAUUUAGUCAAAUGUGUUAAACAAAUUUUUAAGGAGAGAAAAUACUGUCAUCAUCAAUGAAAUUGGUAAAAUUCUUCUUUAAAAAGUAUUUGGUUUUCAUGGUUUUAAUAACCACAUAUCAGAAAAAACCUAAUCUCUCCCUCCCUUAAAGAUAGAUGAGAGGGACUCCGCUUGAUAUUCUUAUAUAAAGUGGUCUUGGGACUGGUGCCGGCCAUCCCUGCACGCACGUACCUCACCCCACAGAAGCUGGGUCAAUUGAUCAGAGCGAAAUGCUCACUGAAGACUGACUUCACCACUGACAACCCCUUAAACAAUUACACCCGAAACAUAAGAAAAUGCUUCACUGUGCCUCAGUGCAACACAGUUCAGUAUAAACAAUCUUUCUUCCCACGCACAAUAAUAGCUUGGAACCACCUGGACAAUGCCGCGUGUGAACUCAACAUCGGUCAAAAGCUUUAAGACUGCCCUGGCAUCUGCUAGGAGCUGUUAGACUAGCAACACCAUUCCCCCAACCAUUGCACAGAUGCCAGUAUAUGGAUGCAGCAACGAACGCAACCAGAGAACCAGAAAAUGAACAUUAAUUAUUUUUUAAUUUUGAAGAAACCCAAUACUGUUACAACUGUUAGUUACAAUGUCGUAUGUGAAAAUCAACAUCUUAAAAAAUCUUUUAACCCAUAUUUUUUUAAUUCAUAUAAUUAAUUAUGGUGUUUAGGAGUUUAUAGGUAGGCUAUAUCUUUUCAGAAUUGGUUAUAGCCGUUCAGACCAGACCACAAUUUCAAUUUUUUUUUUUUUUUUUUUUAAACAUGAGAUUAAUUUUUCAUCUGGACCCUCCAGAUGAUGAAUUUCAUUUUUUAAAGUGAUUUUUGUUUACUCUUUCUUUUUUGCAGGAAGAUUUACCAGUCCCUGAGCCUGGCCAAGGAGGUAAGUUACUUUUUAUUUUAAGUUUAUAGGUAGGCUAUAUCUUUUCAGAAUUUGUUAUAGCCGUUCAGACCAGACCACAAUUUCAAUUUUUUUUUUUUUUUUUUAAACAUGAGAUUAAUUUAUCAUCUGGACCCUCCAGAUGAUGAAUUUCAUUUUUUAAAGUGAUUUUUGUUUACUCUUACUUUGUUGCAGGAAGAUUUACCAGUCCCUGAGCCUGGCCAAGGAGGUAAGUUACAUUUUAUGUUAUCUUCCUUGAUAAAUCUUUUUGAUUUGUUUUUAUUACAUAUACUCCUUUUCUUUUAUGUAUGUAAAGUUUUGAAUUACUAUACUCUGUACCUUACAAAAAUUGUUUCAAUUUAAAAAGGUAAAUUAUCAGAAACUGUAUUUUUACUUGAGUAAUAUCCCGUUUCAGAGGUGUUGCUUGAAAUGAAGGAAGUAGGAAUAUGUGGUUCUGAUGUUCACUAUUGGACGCAUGGGCGUAUUGGUGAUUUUGUAGUUAAAGCACCCAUGAUACUGGGGCAUGAAGCAAGUGCUGUGGUCUCUAAGCUUGGCCCUGGUGUUACCAAUCUCAAAGAAGGUUAUCCAGACGUAUUAUGUAUUUUACUUUUUUUAAAGAGAUAAGCAUUCAAAGAUAUAUUUUUCAAAAUACAUAGAAAUGGCAAGGAUAAAGCUUUUUAUUCUAAGAAGAUAAUUAUGUAUGCCUUGUCUCACUGUUCACAUUUCUACUUUACAGAAAAAGUAAUUUAAACAUGCUGAUAGUUUUAUCUCCACCUAAUAAAUCCUUACUAGGUGACAGAGUUGCAAUUGAACCAGGUGUACCUUGCAGAUUAUGUAACUAUUGCAAGUCUGGUAGAUAUAACUUGUGCCUUGACAUGAAGUUUUGUGCUACUCCACCAUACCAUGGAAAUUUAGCACGCUACUAUGUUCAUGCGGCUGACUUUUGCUUCAAGUAGGAAACUUUUUACAUACAUUUUAUUUGAUACUAUGUUUAUUUACUUUAAAUGCUUGUUUAUAGUGAAAACAAGAACCAGUCAUUUGCUUUUUUUUUUUGUCUAUAGUAAGAAUUACUGUCUAUAUCAAACUAAAUAAUUUUACAUGAAAUAUUUUGGCAUCUGUAGACUUCCUGACCAUGUGUCCUUUGAAGAGGGUGCACUUUUGGAACCUUUAUCUGUUGGUGUGCAUGCAACUAACAGAGCUGGGGUUGGUUUGGGUAACACAGUAUUGGUGUGUGGAGCAGGUUUGUAAAAAUGUUGUUUAUUUUAAAAUUAGACGAAUGAAAUUAUUUGUGCUCAUAUAAUUAUUUAUUGCCCUAUUUUACUAUUUGAAUACCGGUACACCAAAUUAACUCAUUUUUUUUCUUCAAUUUUUAUUAAAAUUUAAUGUGUUACAUUAUUUAAAACAUAGCAAAUUGUUUUUUAAAUUUUUUUUUAAAUUGGUAAUUUACAUUUGCUUUAGUAUUCUUUGUGUCAAUAAAUAAGGCUGUUGAAUUUUCUUUUUAUUUAAACUAUUAAGGUCCCAUCGGCCUGGUGAAUAUUCUGACUGCUAAAGCUAAAGGAGCUUCUCUCAUAUGUGUCACAGGUACCUUCAAGUAAUUUUUGGCUUGACUUAUGACAUGUAAAAGAAUGAUCAUAUUUGAGAUUUGACCAAGCUAAGUAGAGAUAAGAUCAUGUAUAUAUUUCCUUUACACCCCAACCUCCUUUAUAUCCCAGUUAGAGAAUACAAUUUUUGAUGCUUAAUAUUUUUUCGGAUUAGCAUGAUAUUGUACAUUAACAACGCACAUUGCGUUCAACCGCUGUUUUCAAAAGCACAGACCAAUGCACUGUGCGUUGUUUCAAUAUCAAGUUUGUUUCUUUGUUAUUUCUUGGUUAAACGUUUUAAGAGCUAUUUUUAAAUAAGACUUUUACAUAGAAGAGUGGUACUUCAUUGUUUUAUGGUGAUUUUUUUGUCAUUUGAAGCAUUAUUUUAAUGAUUUUCUUCUCUUUUUUUUCUACUGUUGCUAAGGCUGCUCUAGACCCUAGUAGUUGAGUAAGUUUCCUAGACGAUUAACAGCUCAAAAAGCUUUGGAAUUGUUUUACCGUAUGCUAUUUCUUUUGAUAGUGAACAUGAUUUAUAUUUAGAUUAAUCAUGUGAUUUUGAUAGAAGUAGUUUUAGAGAAUUUGAGUUAUAGAAGUGAAGAUCAUGUGUGCGUACAUCAUAUGGUUUGGUCGAAAAUGGUUUAGCAUACAUUGUUUUCACAUUUUAUGGUUCUUUUCUGUAACCUAUUUUAUUUAAACUGAAGAAAUAAGUUUACAAACAUAUAGUCCUUUCAAUUAUCUUUCAUUUGAUACCAAUUUUGGUCUUAUAAACCAAAGAAUAAUAUUUUAAAUAUUCUUUAAUAAACCCAACCUCUCACUCUUUUUCGCUCUUCUAAAAAAAUGUACAAAUUUUUAGAUUAAAAAAUUCCACAGUGAAAGAGUUAAGAGAUGUACCUAGUCUUAUUUCCAUGAAAAUCUCUCAUUUUAAUAAUUUAUCUCACUUUCUCAACAUUCCCUUAUGCUACUCUUUUCAAUAGGAUGCAUCCUACAAAAUUUGAUUAUCAAAUGUGUUAAUUAAAUAUAUUUUUUUUAAACUAGAUAUCGAUGAAUCCAGAUUGAAAGUGGCUAAAGAAAUUGGAGCUGACUUUGCCAUUAAAGUGACAAGUGGUGAUCCUCAAGUUGUUGCACAAGCCAUAGAAGAAGCUGUUGGGGAUAAAGUGGACAUCACAAUUGAAUGUAGUGGUGCUGCCAAAAGUAUUCAAACAGCAGUUUAUGUAAGACCCUUUGUUAAAUAUUCAAAGUCAUCUGUUAAGUUGUGAUCUGCUAUUAAUUAAUAAAUUGUUUUUAAAACACAACUGUCAUUUAGAAAUUACAAUUCAAAUUUUUAUGGCAGGCCACCAAAUCUGGAGGUGUUGUUGUACUUGUUGGCCUUGGUCAAGACUUGGUGGAAGUUCCUGUGGUCAAUGCUGGCGUGAGAGAAGUGGACAUACGGGGCAUUUUUAGAUAUGUCAAUUGGUAAGUUAUGCAACUUCAGAAACCAAAUAACUCUAGAUGAAUUCUUGUUAAAUUGAAUAAACUUGAUGUCAGGGGCAUCAUUAUUCGGUUAUCUUUUCAUUUCAAAUGUAAAUAUUUCAAAAAUAAAACUCUCUUUGAAUUAAUUUACAGUUACCCAACAGCUUUAGCUAUGGUUGCAUCAGGAAGAGUCAACGUUAAGCCUCUAAUAACUCACCGUUUUAAAUUGGAGGAGGCUGUUAAAGCAUUUGAAGCUGCCAAAAGGGGAGAAGGGAUUAAAGUCAUGAUCAGCUGUGGACGCAAAUGAGCUGGAUCUCUGCAGGAAGACACUACAAGAGUUAAAGAGGCAAACAAACAAUAUUAAUUAAUAUGGCAGCUCUAAGUUAGAUAAAAUCACCUACACAUGUAUCUUGGAAAAAAGAAGUUUUUAAAUGUUCAUUUAAGAAGACAUUUUCAUAUUUCAUAGCCCCAGAAGAUCUGCUGUACGCACCACAUAAUUGUAUAAUUGUAAAAUCUGCUUUCAUGAACCAAUUUAUACAAAAGUUGCAAUUUGAUUUUUAAACAAUGUGAGAGACUCAAAGCUUUAUGAAAUUAUGACUGUUUUUCAUGUUAAACUGGGCCUCUUGUGGUUUUACAUAGUCAUUGUUUUUUUGUGUGUUUUUUUUGUUGUUUUUUUUUUUUAAAUUUGGGUGAGUCAUUAUUUUUAACUACUAGUUUUAAUAAGUUAGUUAUGUUUUAAAACUUAUUUCCAAAAUUCUCAAGUUAUUACUUAAUUACUACAGUGUGAUUUAAUGUUUAUAUUGAAAUGUUACAAUUAUUCAUUUUCUAAAUUCUGAUACUUACAAACCAAAUAGUAUUAUGUUUAUAGUUGUCUGUACAAAAAUAUUACCUGGGUAGAAUGCCUUUUGUAUUCAACCAACAGUAUCAUAUUUUUUCCUUUUGAAGCCUUACUAAAAUAUUGUAAAUUGCUAACUGCAAUUUUUGUCCCUCUUUAACAUUUUCCCUUGCAGACAUUCCUGUUACAACUUAGAAAAUAAUUAUUAUGUUUUAUAUUUUGCAUUUAUAUGUUUACAUUGGAAACUCUUUACUGAUCCUUGCAUGUAAGUUUAUCAGAUCUAAUUUUAUGUCAAUUUGAUUUAAAUAAAAUUCAUACUUCCAUAUACUCAGAAUUUUUUUUUAAAGUUAUCCAGAUCCACAUUUUCAAUGUCAUCUCAGACUUUCAUGCAAGGUCAUGAGGUAAUCUCCUAUUCUAUAACAUUUCUACAAUAUAAAACAAUACAAUUUAUAUUUGGAUUUUGUUUUUAUUUUGCAAGGUGUAGUGUGUGAAAAAUUACAGUUUAAAAGCAAACACUAUCAUUAUUUGUGGUGUUCCAAGGACUUGUUUUACCAAGCCAAAGUUGGGGGGAGGGGUCUCAAUAAUACCCUCCUUAUAAAAUUGUUAAAUAAUUCAAAAUGCAUCUAUGCAUUUUGGCGCUUACCUGAAUGGAGU